GGUCACGUGUCUGUAUUUACAUGCUGGUGGUUAGCGUCGUUGUGGAGGAUGCUGUACACACUCUCUAAAUGCAGAAUUAAUGCCAUAACGUGAUAAAAUAACGCGAAUCAGCGGCUUUAAUGUCUUAAAGUAGAGGAAAGAUGUCUGCUUUCAGCGCUGAGCUUAUCGACUAUCUGGAGGGGAGGAUAACUUUUGAGGAGUUCGACAAGCGGAGGGAUGAAAACAAACCAAAGGUAAUGUUCAGUUCAUGGGGGGAAUUAGGAGUUUUGCAAGUGAGCUCACCUAAGUCUGCUAUGAGAUAUUUUUACUGGAAAUUGCUCGAUUUUUUUCCUCUCCCAGGAUUCAGAGGAAUUCACUGAAGAUGUGGAGGGAGAUGCUGAGCCCUCCACCUCUGCUCAGACCCUGGUCCAAAAAGGUCAGUCUGCUGGGUUUGAGAUAAAACUCUUACUUAUUCAAACGUAGAAUUUUACAGGGGAAAACCACGGGGUUUUAUAGACAAACGGGACAAAAUAUCGAAUGUACGAUUCAUCGUAGUUUUGUAGCGAGACCUCGGGGCGGUCCAUUACAGGCUGCUGCGGGGUGACGCAGCUCAAGGAAGAACAUUUAUGAUCAUUUCUUUAUCAUUUCCUUGAAGUAAUAAUCACAAUAUUAAUCAUUUUGCUCUGCAGACACGGUAGUUCUUCUGCCUUACCGUCUCAGUCUGAUUACAUUUCCAUGAAGAAGUUAUCAUAAAUGUUCCUCCUUGAGCUGCAUCACCCCGCAGCAGUCCGUAACGGACUCGCCUGAGGUCUCACUACAAACAAGCAGCUGCUGGAAGAGAGUGGGUGAGUUGUGUUUAGUCUCUUUGCUAAAGAAAUGAGUCAAAGUUACAAAGAUGUUUGGUGUCUAGUACUAUGGCUGGGACCCUAUAUGUCCUGUUGAUGAAGUUAGGUGCUGUUCUGAUCAUUAUUUGUGGCUAUAGAGUGGCGUUUUGGUUGAGGUUUGUUUAUGGCUCCUUAGACUGCUGUGUAUUGCUAUUGUGGGGUCAUUACUAAAUUUCAUUUGUUUUUCAUUGGUUGCCAACAUUCAUCUCUCGAGGGGGUGUCUAACUCGGUGUUAUGGUGUGUUUGACUCUAAACUAAUUUUACGCCGAACUCCUUGUGGGCCCCAAAAACACAAAUUAGCAGCAGACAAAUUUGUGUGCAACUGUAUCUCAAGAGACAGUGCUUUAAAAUGUAAAUAUAUAUAUGGUAAUUUUUUUUUUGUUGUUGUUGCAUGGGAUAGAGGAACAAGUGCAGACCACCCAACCUGCACCUUUUCUUGGAGGUAAAAAUGCUGGAAAAUCUGAUCAAUUUGGCUCAUUUUUGGUUUUCUCUUUGAAAUGUGCAACUUUGCAUCUGAUUUUCACACCCUUAUCUUAAAAUAACAAUGGAUAACUACCACAUGUCCAGUCUGAACUAUUAAUAAAUUAGGACUUAAGAUUCUGGACUUUAUUACUCUAUAUUUGAGACUGUCCUCUCUCUCUCUCUCUCUCUCUCUCUCUCUCUCUCGCUCUCCAGAGGAAGGUGUCAGCGCAGGGGUCCAGCUGGCCUUCGCCUCCAUGCUCAGUGAAACGCCCCAACCGCCGUCUUCGGGAGAAGAAGAAGAGGCAGAGGCAGAGGAGGACAGCCUGAGCUUUGUCGACGAUGAGGACGAUGAAGACUAUAAAGUGGAGGAAGAGGAAAAGGCGGCAAUGGUUGGGGUGGAGAAGCCGGAGAGGAGGAGGAUGCGACGCGGGAAAGGAGGGAGAGGGAGAGGGCGCAGGAGGAGGAGACGGAUGGAGGACGAGGAUGAAGAUGAGGACGAGGAUGUCACAGUGGGGGACGUGUUCGCGCUGGAGAUGGACCUGACCCGGGAAAACAAGAAAAUGAUGAAGGUGAGGAUAAGGAAGAUGAGGAAGAGUGUCCAUCUUUUUUCAUUUGUCUCCUUUUGUGAAGUUUUUUUUUCGUGUGUGUGCGUUUAGGAGCGGCGCCAUCGCAGUAAGCUACCUCGAGCUCUAAGAGGCCUGAUGGGAGAGGCAAACAUCCGCUACGCACGGGGAGAGAAAGAGGACGCCAUCUUGAUGUGCAUGGAGAUCAUAAGGCAGGGUAUGACACGACAAAGCUAACGACGACCGUCACUCACAGCAAACAGGAGGAGUGUUGAAAGUGUACAUCUCGUCUUACAGCUCCUCUGGCCUUCGAGCCGUUCUCCACGUUGGCGAUGAUCUACGAAGACAAUGAGGACGUAGAGAAGGCGCUGCAGUUCGGUCUGAUCGCCGCCCACCUGAACCCCUCGGACUGUGAGGAGUGGAUCCGACUGGCUGAAAUGUCUCUGGAGCAGGACAACAUCCGACAGGCCAUCGUCUGCUACACCAAGGGUCGGUCAAUGAACCUCUGACGUCUGCGCCCUUCUCUCCGUAUUUACACACACAUCAUAAAGGGGCGGGGCUAAAACAUACAGAAAGCAUCUCUCUGGUGCUUUUAAAUAUCUGUAUUUAUACUCUUUUUCUCGCUCCCCUUAGCCAUCAAGUACGACCCCACCAACGUGCGCUACCUGUGGGAGCGCUCCAGCCUCUACAUGCGCCUGGGCGAAAGCAAACAGUGCAUGGAUGGAUACCGAAGGAUCCUGUCGCUGCUGCCCAUGGAGGAAGGAGAGCACUUCAUGCAGCUCUCAAAAGACAUGGCUAAGUACGGGAUCACUCAGAGACCGAGAUGACUUCUGUUUUUGUUUCAGUCGUUAACCAGAACUAAUUGUUCACAUCUGUGUCGUUCAGGAGCUACUAUGAGAGCAACGACUUGGUCUCAGCUCUCGGCGUCAUAGAAGACGCUCUGGCUCGACACCCCGACCUGGUCAGCGAUGAUUUCAUCAACAUGGCGGCUGAGCUUUACAUCGCCAAUCGUCAGUACAACGAAGCGUUGGAGGUACUUGUGAAAGUUGGAGACAAAAUCAAAAACUCAGACUCGGAUUCGCUGAAUGUGCGAAUAAAAUGUCGUGUUUCCUCAGGUGUUGGUCAAAUUCGCAAGCAUAGUUUUGUUCAGGGAGGAGUCCAAACCUGACAGAUCUGCACCUGCACAAGAAGAAGUAAAAGUGGAGACGUCUGCUGAGGAGCAAGAGAAGAAGAAUGAGGAAGGUGCAGAAUCGAAAAUGGCCGAGGAAACAGCAGAGGAGAAGGAGGGUAGGUCUUAACUUUGACUUUGUCUGGUGUCACUUGCUGCUGGUUUGAGUUUAUUUAGAUAUUUAUAAACACUAAGUUAAAUCAUAUAUAUCUGCCUUGAGAUCAAAAAUACUCCGAGGUUGAAAGACUUCGAUAUUUUUAUUUCCACAAGGGAGGAUUGAAAAGUGUGUUUGAGAAAGCACUGCUGCUUCUCCAUUGUAUUACUGAUAAGAUAAUUGCAUUAGAGAGUCUGACCCUGAGAGGAUGAGCUGACAUUUUGAGUUGGCAGCAAAAGUGAAGAGUUUUUUUUCUCUCCUGCUCUCUUUGUUCCGGCGCCGCAUUGUCUUCCUGUCAUGUGUGGGCACAAAUUAACCGUGUCAAAUUUAUUAUCUACCCACUUGACAGAGUGCAUAAAGGACUGGUCUGGAGAAGGAAAUCCCUUUGUGGUAUUUUGUUUAGGAAGUUAAAGUAACAAGAGCCGCACCCUUCUUAAAUUAGAUGUCAAAUACGAUUGAGAAAUUUAGAAAUAUGUACGAGUUUUCAAAUUUUGAGAUUGUUUUUGCAUCAGAUCUAGAAAUUCAGUCAUCUCAAAAUAGAGCUUGUUUGCACAUAUAUAUGCAGCAACUCGGUCAAGCCUCUUCUGCAUUUGCACACCUGAACUUUUCGGGAGCUUUACCCUGAAAUCUUCUGGGGUUGCUUGAUCACACUCGAAUGGAUUAAACGAAAGGUGAGGGGUGGAUCUGAAGAGGCGGGACACGGCAUUAAAAGCUUUUAAAUCAGUGCUCUGUUUGUGUCAUUUUAACAGGGGAAAAAGCCCAGGCAAAGUCAGGUGUAAUUUGAGGCUGUUUGAGGUCACACACAUAUACAGCUCACCCUGAAAAUUUCUCAUACUUUCAGAAUGAGACUUCUCCUUUAGUGAACUUGUCAGUCAGACUAAACAAAAGACUGCGUUUGCACACCUGAACUUUUUGGGAGCUUUACCCUGAAAUCUUCCGGGGUUGCUUGAUCGCACUUGAAUGGAUUAAACGAAAGGUGAGGGGUGGAUCUGAAGAGGCAGGACAUGGCAUUAAAAGCUUUUAAAUCAGUGCUCUGUUUGUGUCAUUUUAACAGGGGAAAAAGCCCAGGCAAAGUCAGGUGUAAUUUGAGGCUGUUUGAGGUCACACACAUAUACAGCUCACCCUGAAAAUUUCUGGUACUUUCAGACUGAGACUUCUCCUUCGGUGAACUUAUCAAUCAGGCUAAACAAAAGCCUGCAUUUGCAUACCUGAACUUUUCGGGAGCUUUACCCUGAAAUCUUCUGGGGUUGCUUGAUCGCACUUGCAUGGAUUAAACGAAAGAUGAGGGGUGGAUCUGAAGAGGCAGGACACGGCGUCAAAAGCUUUUAAAUCAGUGCUAUGUUUCUCUUAAUCAGUGAAAUUUUUGUGUCAUUUUAACAGGGAAAAAGCCCAGGCAAAGUCAGGUGUAAUUUGAGGCUGUUUGAGGUCACACACAUAUACAGCUCACCCUGAAAAUUUCUCAUACUUUCAGAAUGAGACUUCUCCUUUAGUGAACUUGUCAGUCAGACUAAACAAUAGACUGCGUUUGCACACCUGAACUUUUUGGGAGCUUUACCCUGAAAUCUUCCGGGGUUGCUUGAUCGCACUUGAAUGGAUUAAACGAAAGGUGAGGGGUGGAUCUGAAGAGGCAGGACACGGCAUUAAAAGCUUUUAAAUCAGUGCUAUGUUUGUGUCAUUUUAACAGGGAAAAAGCCCAGGCAAAGUCAGGUGUAAUUUGAGGCUGUUUGAGGUCACACGAAUAUACAGCUCACCCUGAAAAUUUCUGGUACUUUCAGACUGAGACUUCUCCUUUAGUGAACUUGUCAGUCAGACUAAACAAAAGACUGCGUUUGCACACCUGAACUUUUUGGGAGCUUUACCCUGAAAUCUUCUGGGGUUGCUUGAUCGCACUUGAAUGGAAUAAAUGAAAGGUGAGGGGUGGAUCUGAAGAGGCAGGACACAGCAUUAAAAGCUUUUAAAUCAGUGCUGUGUUUGUGUCAUUUUAACAGGGAAAAAGCCCAGGCAAAGUCAGGUGUAAUUUUAGGCUGUUUGAGGUCACACACAUAUACAGCUCACCCUGGAAAUUUCCAGUACUUUUAGACUGAGACUUCUCCCUCAGUGAACUUGUCAAUCAGGCGAAACAAAAGCCAAACAAAAAAGGUCUGUCUUCACGCUGAUCUAUCCUAUUAUCCUGUCAGAACAACAAUCUGAGCCUGUCAGGAGGAUAAAUAUGCACAAUCACCCUCUAAUUACAGCAUCAGGGCUGUCGUCGUCUGUUUCAGCUGCAGACUGGAGAGAUCUAAAAAAAUUCUGCGUCUUUCACUUUAGACACCAGAUUGUGUCGGAUUUUAACCAGGUGAUCAAAAUUAGCAUCAAAACAGAAGUGGGCCAAGAACGGAUCCUUGUGGGACUCCUUAACCAGAAUUUAUUGUAAGUUUGGAAUUUUUUCGAGCGCUCAGAAACACUCGGAGCAACAUCUACGAUAACCGGGUAUAAUAAGAAACCGUCCCAUUUCGACAACGCCGAAGGAAACGGAAGUCUGAUGUGAUUUACCGGUUUACUGAAAUAGCGCUCGCUGACAUCUUUCACACCUUGACUGUGAAUUUUCACACAUCCCCCACUCUCUCCUUCACCAGCCGUUAUAGCGGUUAUUUUUGGAUCAUAGUAAAGCUGAUUGACAAGCUGUGUGUGUAUGUGAACGUUCAGGUAAAAUCAAGGAUGUGGAUGUACCAGACAGCGUCCCAGUGGACCUCAGAGCCAAACUGAUAGUCUGUCUCAUUCACCUGCAUGUCCGCUCACCCCUAGAGGUAAGAAUCACACAAAGUUCAGACCAUGAUAUAUAUUUCCAGUGCUGCUUUUCCUUUUUUAGACCACAGAUGGGAAGAAAUAAAGUCUACAUAUCUGUUUCCGCCCCCUCACAGGGUCUCGUGUUGUCUCUGAUGGAGCAGAGCCCAGAGGAGAUUGGCGACUUGUACCUGGAUGUGGGUGAAGCCUACCUGGAGGAGGGAGAGUACAUGUCGGCUCUGCCUUUGGUGUCUGCUCUGGUCAUAUCUGAAAAGUACAACCUGGCUGUCGUCUGGCUCCGACAUGCAGGUAAGCUCAAAGAAGAGAAAUAAUCAGUGUCGUAAACUUGCGGCGUUUGGAGAAGAAAUAUUCUCCUCGAUCGCGUCAUCCUCGCAGAGUGUCUGAAGGCGCUGGGCCACAUGGAGGAGGCGGCACAAAGCUACACCAAGGUGGUGGAGAUGGCUCCUCAGCACCUGGAGGCUCGUCUCUCCCUGGCCACCCUGCAGCAGCAGCUGGGCCGCCCGGAGUGCGCCCUAAAGGCCCUGGAGUCGAUGUACGACAGCGACACGCUGGCUCAGGAUUCCUCCGCUGCUCAGAAGGUCAAAAAUCUUAACAUCUCUUCACUCUUUAUUUAGUCCGUCUUUGUCUCCACACAUGUUGUCAUAUCUCUGUAUCCGUCUUUUAUACGUGGGGGUUUUAGGAGUUAAAGCUGCUGCUUCAUCGCUCCACUCUGCUGAAGACUCAGGGGAAAACAGAAGGAUACCUGGACGCAAUGAUCAGCAUGAUCUCCAUGCUGCUCAAGGUAACACACUGAGCAAUAAACAGCUGUUAGACAUCUAGUUUUUUUUAGACCUAAUUUCAACCGUCUAGAUUCUGUAUAUUUUUAAUUUAGACGUUGCACUUUAAAGGGGACCUGACAUCAAAAUUUCAUACCCAUUUUUAUCAUUUUUCAUAAUCCUUGAUGUCCUCUGAUCAUGUUUGCAACAUAAUUUUAGCUGAAAAGUUAUUUGAUGGUUUGUUUUAGUAUGCCUAAAAAACCUUACAGGAAAACCAACUGGUUUUGGCUCAUUAACAUUUAUGGUAAUGAGCUUUGCUCUGAUUGGAUCGCUGCUGUGAAGCCUGCUGUGCUCUGAUUGGCUCAGCAGUGGAGGUUCUGAUUUCGGUUUAUCCAUUUUGCUAAUGUUUGCUAAAGUAAGGUGACCAGAUGUCUGUAAUGAUACUCGGGGAUAUUCGGUGCGGUGGCGGCGGCGGCGGGUGCAGGGGCUGCGUGAUCGCAGACAAAGUCUCGGUACAAUUUAGUAGAAGCUCAUGCCCCUUGUAAUAACACCCUUAAAAACUGUUGUUCAGGACUGCUUACUUGUGCAUCCUACCCAUUCGGCUACUGUAAUAACCGUUGUUCGAGCCCACACGCAACAUUUUUGCUCUCAUUCAUGAAACGCUUAAAUCGGGGACAUUUUCGGGGACAGCUUUUGCCUUUGUUCUUGAUCUGUAAAGCACUUUGAGCUGCAUCUCAUGUCAUGAAAGGUGCUAUACAAAUAAAGUUUACUAUUAUUAUUAUUACUAUUAUUAUUAUUAUUAUUUUAGAUCAGUCGUCUUGGCCACAUUUAGACAUCUAUUAUCGUCCUCUUUUAGACCAAAAAAUGCUCAGUGGGAAUAGAUCAUCCCUACCCUCUGUCUUUGUUUUUAACUUUAUAAAUCAUAUGAAUAUGUUGUGCGUUAUUUUGUACGUGUGUCCCAGGUGUCCAUGCAGCGAGCGAAGGUGUGUGUUCGCUCCAUGAUUGUGUCAGGGGAGAGUCACCUGAGGCUGGUGAAAAUGAGCGACACAGUGCCAGAGCUGGACGACCACGAGGCUGCGUACCUGGAUAACACCGGUACAAAUCCUCCGUUUGUUUGUUUGUUUGUUUGUUUGUUUGUUUGUUUGUUUGUUUGUUUGUUUGUUUGUUUGUCGUGUGCUUUAAGUCUCGACUCCUGUCGGCCCGACUCAUAAACGGAGCUCGUAGUUGGCAGGAGUGGAAGAGUUGGCUGCGUUUUGUUCACUGUCAGCACUUGUUAACAGUCGCCAUAUGUGGAGAAAAGCUGUUUAAAAGGGGGGCAUUGGAAACUUUACAGGCUUUGUAAUUGAUAUACCACGUUGACCUGAAUAUGAGGCGGAGUUUUUCCUCUAAAUACAUCUAAAAGGGAGCGGCUGUCUGCUGCAUUUGCUCCCCAGGUAAAACUAACGUCCUGUCCAAGGAGGACUGGUGGCAGCUGCUGCUGAGCUGCGUGCUCACGCUGAGCGAGGUGAACCGCCACGAGGAGGCCGAGCUGCUGGUGGAGUCGGCCAUGGAGUUCUUCUCUUUCUAUGACAACAAGCCCAAGAGGAAGGAGAUGGAGUUCAUCGGGCUGUCGGCCACCAUCCUCGACCGCAACUACCACAAAGCCUACAACUACAUCAGGUGGAGUCUCAGCUGCUGCUCCGUCAGACAGGGACUGAAACGGCGUUGUUUUCAUGUAUUCAUGUUUGUUUACUUUGUCAGAUUGAUGCUGAUGGAGAACGUGGAUCUGCCUCAGCUGUGGAAUACCUUCAACCAGGUGCGCCCACGUCUCUUUAACCCCUUCUCAGCGCAGGUUUCACUCCACACACACACUCAGUUUCAUUCUCCUCCUCCUCCUCAGUUGACGAUCACCUCCCACCACCAGCGCCACCACCGCUUCUGCCUGCGUCUGCUCCUGAAAAAUCCAGACAACCACGCCCUGUGCGUCCUCUGUGGACACAACGCCAUGGUGUCAGGGAGCUUCAAACACGCUCUGGGUACGGAGCACAAAGCUGCAGCUGACUGAGCUGCUUGUUCGGCAUGUUUUAGCUUUGAGAAGUACAAACGGCUUUGAAAUUCCCCUGUGCUGCAGUGACCUCGCCCCCUGAUGCUCAGGGUUGCUAUAGAGUUCUUGUUGCUUUGACAGCACAGCUUAAUGCAACUGUUCUUCUCGCUCUGCAGCCUCUUAGAAGUGCAGUAAAAGAAGGAAACGGCAUAAAGAGGGUAACGAAUAACUUUGAGGACAAAAGCAAAGAUUUUAAAAGUUUUAAAAAGGUUUUUUUUGUGGUGUUUAUACAAAAAAGCUUUUAAUAUCAGUCAAUAGUUAUUAGUUAUUGAUGACAUUUGGCAAUAUCACGAUAUCUCUGUGUUCUCUUAUGCCUGUUUUGAGCGGCCUGCUCUUUCUGACUGUAAACAAAGCCGUUCUCCGCCUCCCAGACCCGAUUGGUUGUGAGGUGGACGCUUCUUACUCGCUCCUCGGAUAAUGUUCACGAGCCCAAACAAAGUUAGCGUGCUACAAUAUCGGACAGUAGAAACCAGCCAGAAAGUACAGAAAAUUGUCUGAAUCCUCCUUUGGCCACGACUGCCGAUACAAGUAAGAAAACAAAGUAAAUACCGGAGACUCUGGCGGAAUAACAGGCGCUUAAAAAGGAGGUAGACCGGAUGAGAGCUAAGAGGCCGAGUCAACGUCAAUGAAGCAUAAACGAUGGGGGACGCUUGGGGAUCUUGGUGACCCUGUAACCUUUCUGCUGGACAGGUAAACCGCUUUAACAAAGUAAGACAAGUGUCUGUAACAGAAGUGUUUCUUGUCAAACGGACCUGCUGUAGCGUGUUGUAGCGCCAUCGCUAAACUGUCCUCCCUCGGGUCCUGGACUAUGUCACUUUAUCCUCGUUGUAGAAGUCCUGCAAACAUUGUGUUUGCUGGUUGUCUGUUGGCAUCUACAGUAGCACCAAUGCUUUUUACUUUCACGUUGACUGGGCCCCAUUUGUAAUUAUCUGAAGUAUUUAUCUGCAUUAUAUCUGAAUUUAACUGGAACGAUACGAGCGAGCAGGAGCGUCUGUUUGUGGGCGGGGCUUGAGAGGAGGAGCUGAGGGGAAAACUGGUUUUGAGGGGUAGAGUUUACAUUAAAGAUUUCUCCUAAAAACUGACACUUCCUCAGAUCCUGACUACCCCACCUUGAAAUUGUGUCUAAAUUUGUGGAUUUCAUAGGAGCAUUUUCCUCCCACAUUAUGUGUGUUUUUUAGGUCAGUAUAUUCAGGCCUUCCAGACUCACCCUAACAACCCGCUUUACAGCCUGUGUGUGGGUCUCACCUUCUUCCACAUGGCCUGUCAGAAGUACACAGCCAAACGGCACACUCUGAUCCUGCAGGUAAGAUCGUGUUUGCGGAGAUUUCUGCAACUGUGCACCUUCUCCCGUCUGUUUUCAAACACGCGAGUGUGUUCACAGGGUUUCUCCUUCCUGUGGCGGUACUUGGAGCUGCGUGGAGAGUGUCAGGAGAGCCUGUACAACCUGGGCCGGGCGCUGCACCAGAUAGGCCUCACACACCUGGGCAUACAUUACUAUCAGAAGGCGCUGACACUGCCUGCAGAGAAACUGGAGGUGCUUAGAUAUUCAACGCAAGGAUGAGACUUUCCCAAAUUUGCACAUCUGUCUUCAUCUGGUCUGUCUCCUCCUGCAGGGUAUCCCAGCUGAUCAGGUGGAUCUGAGCCGGGAGAUCGCCUUCAACCUCGCCUAUAUUUACCAGUCCAGCGGGAACACGGAGAUGGCACGGCAGCUCAUGAGCAAACACUGCAUCGUUUGAAAAGGCAUCAUCAAGGACUAAAACGGACUCGUUCAAAUAUUUAUAAAUCCAGCCAAACUUCCAUGAAGACGCCUGGAAUCGGUCUGCUUGUCAUUUGGAUGGAAACCUGAUGUAGAAGAUGACAUUUUGAACAGAAUAUGUACAUAUUUUCCACAUUAAAACUACAUUGGAGUUUCUUAUUCUUUAUUCUCCGCACUUAAAGUCAGGUCAUGUGAUGGGAUAACGAGGAAAAGAGAAAAAAUUGAUGUCUUUUAUUUUGAAAGGAUGUUUUUUUUUUUAUUGCCAGUUCAGUGCCUAGUUUGAUGUAUAUGCAUAGGUAGAAUAAACUAACUAUAUAUUUAACAAAACAAAAA